AUGAGCAUCUCUUCACACUUGAUUAUUGGCUUGCGGGAUGACGAUGGAAAGCAGGCGUUUGGGGUAUUGAAUGACAUGGAUACUGCCGGGGAGACCAACAAACAACCAGUCAACAAGCCUGGGAAGCGCAAACGAUCUCAAAUCACAGAUGCAUCAGCACCUGGCGAAUGCAAAAAUGGGUUUGACACACCUGAGGAACCUACAGCCAGUAAGGCUCGGCGGGCGGCCAAGUCGGCGAGUAAAACAAGCAAUUCUAAGCAGCCAGAUCCUGCCAUUGUCCAGGAGCAGUGUGUGAUCGAGUGGCCCGACUGGUUCAAGGUACUAGACAAGACUUACCGAGCACUCAACCUCGUCGUUACAUUUUGCUGCACACGCAAGCAUCUCGCAACCACUUUCGACACCAUCAAGUCUACGGUGGAGUCACACAUCAACCGGCAGCUGCUGAUCGAAGACGUAGCUGCCAUCGCGGCCCUCCGCCCUGACGGCGUGCGGUUCGCAUAUGUCGACGAGGUCAUGCUGCAGCUGGACGCGCGCGGCGCAGAGAGGGAUGACACUUUUCGGUCAUCGAGGAAUUCCCUGACUUCACAGAGUCGCCCGCCAGACUCGUCCGUCGGGGGCUUCACCGGUCGCGAGGGGUUGCAGAGCCGCGGCCAUGGUGAGAAUGGCGAUGUGGACCUGACCGGAAAGGAAGUUCUGUAUUUUGAGUUCCUGGACGGAGACCUCAAGCGGGAGGUGCAGUGCAAGAAGACAGGAGAACCUACAAAGCCGACGCGGAAACUGCGGGACGAAGAGUUGAAGAUGCCGGUGUACAGCCAGAAACAGAUGGCGAACCUGAUCGAGAAGCGCAAUCAGCGUUUCACGAGUGCGGUCAAUUCUUUUAUAAAUAAAUGCGUGGCACAAUCGACAGAUCCCGUCAUGGCGCUUAAGAGUGAGUCUGAGAAGUUUACCCCGGUGCCAACCGCAGCCACGCAACCAUCCCCUCCGCCGCAAACCAGUACAAUACCAGAAAGCAUACCCAAGGAGCGCAAGUCGAUCCCGGAGAUAGUCCAGGAGCUCAAGGAGAGCCCUUUCUACACUGGGCAGAUUGUUCCGGAUGGCCAUCGUGUCUUUGAGCCGCAGGAGCCCGUGUUUGGAGACCUUAAUUUCCUGCUCAGCCAAGAUCUCGUCAAUGCCUUGUACAACGCAAAGGGCAUAACGCAGCUCUAUGCACACCAGACAGAGGCCAUCAACGGGUUGAUAGAGGGCCAUCAUGUCGUCGUGGCUACGUCGACGAGUUCGGGCAAGUCGCUCAUCUACCAGCUUCCCGUAUUGCAUGCGCUGGAAAAGGAUCACGAGACCAGAGCAAUGUAUAUUUUUCCUACAAAGGCCCUGGCUCAGGAUCAAAAGCGGAGCCUCAAGGAGAUGUUGGCUUACAUGCCGGGUCUGGAGCACAUGAUCGUGGACACCUUUGAUGGAGACACACCAAUGGCGACUAGAAACAUGAUCCGUGACGAGGCGCGAAUCAUCUUUACCAACCCAGACAUGCUGCAUAUUACUAUUCUUCCACAAGAAGAGCGAUGGCGGACUUUCCUCAAGAAUCUUCGAUAUGUGGUAGUGGACGAGCUGCAUUAUUACAAUGGUCUUAUGGGCUCUCAUGUGGCGCUCAUCAUGCGCCGCCUACGUCGAAUCUGUGCUGCUGUGGGUAACCGACAUGUCAAGUUUGUAUCAUGCUCUGCUACCGUGGCAAACCCAAGAGAGCACUUCAAGACAAUAUUCGGGAUCAGCGAUGUGCGGUUGGUUGAUUUUGACGGCUCUCCAUCCGGCCGCAAGGAGUUUCUUUGCUGGAAUACGCCUUACCGCGUCCCUGGAGAUCCUUCAAGCGGACGAGGCGAUGCAAAGUACGAAUGUGCUCGGCUGUUCUGCCAGCUCGUCCUACGCGGGGUUCGCGUAAUUGCGUUCUGCAGGGUCAGGGAGCAGUGCGAGAAGCUUGUCGGAGCCGUCAAGGCCGAGCUGGAAAGACUGGGUCGACCUGAGUGCAUCGCUCGUGUGAUGGGUUAUCGCGGUGGAUAUACACCGCAGGACCGGCGAAAGAUUGAGGCAGAGAUGUUUGAGGGCAAGCUUGUGGGUAUCGUAGCUACGACGGCCCUGGAACUAGGCGUUGACAUCGGCUCCCUCGACUGUGUGCUCACUUGGGGCUUCCCUUACACGAUUGCCAAUCUAAGGCAGCAGAGCGGGCGUGCUGGACGGCGAAACCUGGAUUCGCUCUCGGUUUUGGUCGGAGACUCGUUUCCAACAGAUCAGCAUUAUAUGCAGAAUCCGGACGAGAUCUUUACCCAACCAAACUGUGCGUUGCAGGUCGAUCUAGAAAAUAUGUUGGUUCGGGAGGGCCAUAUACAAUGUGCGGCCUACGAAAUGCCGAUCCGGCCCGACGAGGAUGCUCAGUACUUUGGCGUGGAUCUUCCCAAAAUAUGCGUUGAAAGGCUAGUACCCGAUGAGCUUGGAUACUACCACUGUCAUGACCGGUUUCGGCCUAUGCCGUCCAAGUUUGUGACGAUACGGGACACAGAGGACGAGCACUUUGCUAUUAUUGACAUAACACAUGGACGAAACGUUGUGUUGGAAGAGCUCGAGGCCUCCAGGGCUACUUUCACACUCUACGAUGGCGCUAUUUUCCUCCACCAGGGCACCACAUACCUGGUGCGCGACUUCGACCCAGAGAAGCAUAUGGCAAGGGUUGAGAAAGUUAAGGUGGAUUGGACGACGGAGCAGCGAGACUUUACAGACAUUGACCCGAUUGAGACAGAGGCCAUUAAGCGCAUCGAGGGAUCGCCUUGCCGAGCAUAUCAUGGAACCAUCCGGAUCAAGCAGGUAGUUUUUGGAUACUUCAAAGUGGACAAGCGCAACCAUGUACUGGAUGCCGUGCAUGUGGACAACCCACCGGUAGUGCGUUUCAGCAAGGGCACCUGGCUGGAUAUUCCGCGGCGCGCACUCGAGAUCCUUGACUCCCGGCGGCUGAACGCGGCGGCGGCGAUCCAUGCGGCUGAGCACUGCGUAAUGAGCCUGGUGCCCAACUUUGUCAUCAGCAUGCCCGGCGACGUGCGCACCGAGUGCAAGAACAGCCUCAAGGAGUUUGCACGCAAGGAAACCAGCCGCAAGCGACCGGCACGCCUGACAUUUUACGAUGCAAAAGGCGGCGCCGGCGGGUCCGGAAUAAACAUCAAGGCCUUUGAGCACGUCGACAUGCUGCUGCAACAAGCGGUGACCAGGGUCGAAGGCUGCGGCUGCAUGGGUGGGUGCCUGGAGUGCGUGGCGAGCGAGACGUGUAAACAACACAACGCCGUAAUGAGCAAGGCUGGGGCCGAAGUUGUCCUCAAAUCAUUGCUUGGGCUCGAAAUUGACGUCGAUCAGUUGCCGAUGGGGCCUGAGGAUAAUAGUCCCGCGGGCGUGGAGACGAUUGUGCUCGCGAAGCCGGUGCCGCCAAAGGACGUUAGUUUGUGGAAGGAUUAUGGGAAGCUUAGUGACGAUGAAGACGGAGGGGAUGCAGGGGGCCAAGUCGAUGGCGAGCCCGGCCCUACCUCGGCCGGUAGUAUUUGA